AUGGCUCCUUCUUCCAAUAUCAUCAUCACGAUCAGCGACCAUACAACGUCCUCAACCCCCCGCCCUCAUAUUCUUUAUACUGUUCAAGUUGUGCGGGACGGCAAGGAAACCGUCAUCCAACGCAGAUAUUCCGAGUUUGUCGCCCUUCACGAAACUUUGAGUGACCCUUUCAAUUUACCCCCCAAGCGGCUCUUCGUCACUACCUUCGUCCCUUCCGCGUGGCUGGACGACGCCUUGAUCGCUGAGCGCAAGGCUGGGUUGACAACCUACCUCUGCGACCUUCUUGCUUCCAAAUUCAAAUACAGCGAAGUCCUCACCGAGUUUCUUUCGCCCGAGCCCAGAGAAUAUCCUUGUUUCUUUGACGUGGAGGAUGCCUUACCUUCGACCCUCUUCAGGAAGGUUCCGUUGGCUUCCAAUCAGGAAGUUAGCACCGCAGCGGCCAUCAUUGCUGCUGCCUACUACCCUAGUUGGAGUGCAGGUACAACCCCUCCUGAGAAGCUCGACUUUAGCAAGUUCGAUAUCCUCUUCUAUGCUUUCGCUACACCGAACUCUUCUUCUGGCCUCAGCUGGGAUUCUGGAAGCCAAGCUGUUUUGAAGAGACUUGCCGACAGCGCACGCAGCAGCGGGUAUGGCACCAAGGUUGUCCUCUCCAUCGGUGGAUGGGGAGGAUGUUACUGGUUCAGCCAAGCUUGUUCGACUGCUGCCAAUAGAACAACUUUCUGCAAUGCUCUCGUCAGUGCUGUAAACACCUACGGCUUGGAAGGCAUCGAUCUCGAUUGGGAAUACCCCAAUUCGCCUGGGGCUGGAAAUCCAUACUCUGCUGCGGACGCCGCCAAUUUACUGAGUCUCAUCACGUUGCUCCGCACUGCCUUGGGCCCUUGCAAGAUUAUAUCUGCCGCUGUUGCUCACCUUCCUUGGUUGGGUUCGAACGGCAAGCCUCUCACGGACGUUUCUGCCUACGCUGCGCAGAUGAAUUUCGUGAACAUCAUGAACUACGACGUUUGGGGCGCCUCGUCUACUCCAGGACCCAACGCGCCUCUCGGAAACCUCUGUGGUACCUCGAAGCAACCUCAAGCCAGCGCUCAGGCCGCACUUGCUCAGUGGAAAGCCGCAAAGUUCCCAGCUUCCCAGUUACUCCUCGGUUUACCUCUAUACGGCUACGUCUCCCAAAGCACCAAGACUGCUUUGACAGGCAGCUUGAUGCCCUCUGACGACAUGGUCCUUCUUCAGAACAUUGAACGUCCAGGUGAUCAUGGAGGUCACUUUUUGAAUGGAGCACACCCCGUGUCCAAGAAGCAGCCGAACCAGAAUAACGAGGCUGGGUUAGCUCCGGCUAACUUGCAAUCUUGGUGGGGCCAGCAGAUUCCGUUCAGCGCUAUCGUGAAAUCUGGAGCACUUGUCAAGAAGUCCGACGGUACUUAUGGUGAAGGUGGAGGAUUUACUAUGGGUUGGGAUAAUUGUUCUGAUACCCCAUAUCUCUUCAACGUUGCUCAGAAGACUGUUGUUACAUACGAUGACACUUGGUCUUUGACUGAUAAAGCAAAGUUUGCGAAGCAGAGUGGAAUGGCGGGAUGCUUCACUUGGUCCCUUGAUCAGGACGAUGGCUUGACGUUGCAUAACGCCAUUCGGAAGGCGUUGGGUCUAUAG